CUUCCCCAGACCUUUCGCCAACGACAAGCGAUCGGCCAACGAACAAGCUGGCUGCCCCGCUCGGAUCAUGCCUUCCGACGAGUACACCACGGUAGGCCGCGGGCCGCUCAAGCUCAAAGGCGGCGCGGGCGUGACGAAGAAGAAGAAGAAGAAGGACAAGGGCAAGACGACCGACCUGGAGAAGAACCUCUCCACGGGCGGCGGGGACGGCAGCAGGGACAGCAGCGAGAGGGCCCUAGUGCCGACAGAAAAGGAAGGGACACCGGGGACGGGGGCGGACAAGGGAGGAGGAGGAGGAGAAGGGACGCCGCCGGAGGCUCGGGGCGGCGAGCUGCAGAAAGAGGAUGGGCCGCCGGCGUCGGCGGUGGAGGACGAUUACAAGACGGAGGCGGAGCGGAGGUUCGCCGAGGUUAAGCGGAAGAGGUUAAAAGAGCUCGCGGAGUCGAAGCGCAUCCGACCCGAGCUGCUCAAGACGCACAAGCAGCGCGUCGAGGAGCUGAACGCGCACCUUGCGCGACUGAGCGAGCACCACGACAUGCCCAAGAUUGGGCCAGGCUAAGAUACUACGACUCAUGGUGCAGUACUGUUGCUAAUUGAAGGUGCUUUGGCGAUGUUAUUCGGGAUUGGGAGGAAAGGAGAAGCCAACCUUCCGGGAAAAAAAACUCGGUGGAGGGAAGCCAAUGGAAAGGGAGUGAUGUUUGCAUCAUUCCAUCCAACAACAACCCGGCGAGUUGCUGGAUGCAGGUAACGGCUAACCCAGCCAACCAAGAGAGUGUGUUUUAUUGUGUAUAUAUGUUACUCUGACCGAUACCCAAUUUAAACUGAUGCAACCAAGAACGCUGCAGUCAAAGCAUUCGUUGAAUUCAGUCGAUUAAUUAACCGCCGAUUGAACCGACCAAAUGUGUGUGGCCUUGCCCUUUUAUCUAUUACCUAUGUAUCCUCGCGUGUGCGUUGCCGGCCAGUGACCAUCCGACAUUCUAUCCUAAUUUUGCUUUUAUCCCCCCCCGAAUGAUGAAAGGAACGUGAUACCAGUCGUGGCCAACUUCCCAAGCCCGAUGCCGCUAUUACAUGUUGUACAUUGUGCCGUACUCCGCAGCGUGAUGCAUGCAUUAAAAAGAGAGUGACGCCAAAUCUCGAAUGACUCCGUAAUGAAUGCCUAACGAUGCGAUGUGAUUAAAGACGGGGGAAAAAAGCAAACAACCAUCCCGAACCUCUCGCGCAAUGCAGAUUGUCCCCCUCCAAAGGAACAGACAGCAAUACGGAACAAAACGCAUGAGGUGAUGAGGCUCGAUCUCUCCAUGUCCGAACGAGACCUCUCGGGCCCACCUCUUCCCGUCUCGUCAUGCUAGAGCUGGUGGUUGGUUGGUUUACAUCGCCACCAACAGCAUGGCGACGCCCGCCAUGCCUGCCGCCAGAAUCGAGCCGACGCCGAGACAGCGCACGGCCGAGUUCUGAAGGGACGGUGUCACGCCAGUCGAGGAAGGCGCUGGCGUCUCGGAGCCCUCGGCGGGCACAAAAUUGGUCCGAGUAACGACGACGACCACGCCGUCGGGUGACGUCGAGGUAAACGUCUCGGUGGUCGCCCUGGAGCUCGGCGGCGGCCGGGUUGUCGUCGAAGGCGGUUUGGUAGUAGUCGUCAGGGUUGUCUCUCCGGGAAUCGAGGAGGACGGGAGCGUUUGAGGUGAAGACGUGGACGACGAUGUCCCGGGCCCAGUAGAAGUCGAAGAAGAAGUGGGUUCACUUAGACUGGAAGACGUACCAGACGGUGAAGAGGAAGAGGGAGAGGAAGUGGAAGGGGUGGAUGUUGGGGUGGAGUCCUCGGUGCUGCUGGUAGCAGGAGGCGGCGCUUCGCUACUGCUGGUUGGUGGCGGAGGGGUCGUUGAGCUGCUGCUGGGAGGAACAGGAGACUCCGUUUGGGAAGUUGUCGUGGUCGUGGUCUUGGUUUCGGUCGGGGGUUCAGAAGAAGUUUCUGUUUCUUCAGGGGGUUCAGACGUCUCACUCUCCGGUGGAGUGUCCGAGGUUGACGACUCUGGCGGGGUUGUGUUGGAGCUCGUGUCGGUCGCAUUGCUGUCGUCGCGCUUUCUCACUUCGAGGAUGGUAGUGGUAGUAGUAGUCAGCACCGGAUCGGCUGGGUGAGCCGCCGCCGCAGCCCUGUGUUCCGAUUCGAGCGCGCCAUCGCGGAGUUUAUCAGGCAGGAAUCGGUCAAGAAGACCAUGAAGCGAUUCUGGCGAUGCCUCCUUUAGCUUGGCCGGAAAGGAAGCCGACUUCGACGUCUGCUGGUCCGUCGCCCUCUUGUGGCAUGGCGUCCAUGAGCUCGCCGAGGCGACCCCAUUGAGCACCAGGAGGGAGACGAGCAAGACGGCGACGGUUCUCCGAGCGUAUGUCAUCUUGCUGACCGGAGUUGGGCUUGGUCGAUUAUCGACUGUGGUGUUCCCUUCAACGGUCUUCUCCCGGGCGUCAACGGGAAGAAGGGUCUCGGGGGAAGGCGACUGUCGGCCUUUGAGGAAGUCCAUGACGGAAGAGCCGGGCCAAAACGGGAAAAGGUGGAUGAUGUAUUAAUCUCCCGGUCGCCUGAAAGACGUUGCCGCCUUGAUAUGCGGAAGCAAAAAGUCGCCGCCGAUUUCACCCUCUUUGAGUGGUCACGCUGUGUUAUGGUCAGUGGAUUAGAGUUACAGCGGCUGGACAGUCGUGGAUUAAGAAAAGCUCAGAAACAGGCUAAGGAGCCGGAUCCCGGGUGUCCACACAGGGUCCAACGAGUGAUGCAAUGAGGUUGGAUCUCGCGCUUGGCCACGUUCCGGAAGAAGCGAAGCACAGAGUGG